AUGGUUCUACCAACCAAACCCUGUGUCGAGGAGUGGCUGGAACCAGCGCCGAUGUUAAGGAUACACACUGGUCUACAGCAUUCCAUUAUAUGGCCGUCUCAGCCAAAUUGCCUUCCUGUUUCUUUCACAACGCUCCCGCAAAAAUUGCAAGAUGAAGGAUACGCAACACAUGCAGUUGGCAAAUGGCAUGUUGGCUUUUACAAGAAGGAAUGUCUCCCAACAAACAGAGGUUUUGAUACCUUCUUUGGUUAUUUAACAGGAAGUGAGGACUAUUGGACACAUUUUCGGUCAGGAGGCAAUCAAGCAAAUUUCCUGGAACACUGGUAUGGUUAUGACUUACAUGACAACCUUCGACCUGCAUGGGAAUACACUGGCAAUUAUUCGGCUUAUGUCUUUACUGAGCGUGUGCAGAAUAUUUUUAAGAGUCAUAAUCAAGAUGAGCCUUUUUUCCUGUAUUUGGCUUUGCAAUCAGUGCAUUCUCCUCUCCAAGCUCCACAAAAAUACAUCAAUAUGUAUUCACACAUUAAAAACAAAAAUCGGAGGUUGUAUGCUGCCAUGACAACAUGUAUGGAUGAUGCUGUUGGGAACAUUGUCAAGUCUCUUCAGGAUCUCCAGCUGUGGAAUAAUACACUGCUCAUCUUUUCAACAGAUAACGGUGGACAAGUUGCAGAAGGCGGAAACAACUGGCCUCUACGUGGCUGGAAGGGAUCAUAUUGGGAAGGUGGUAUGAAAGCAGUCGGCUUUGCUUCUAGUCCUCUUCUGCCAUCAAGUGUACAAGGCACCAUUACUAAUGAAUUAAUGCAUGUCAGUGAUUGGUUUCCUACAUUAGUGGAAGGUAUUGCCAAAGGCAACAUCAGAAAUACAGAAUUAGAUGGUUUUAAUGUAUGGUCAACUAUCAGUGAAGGCAAACCCUCUCCUCGUAAAGAAUUGCUACAUAACAUCGAUGCUUUUGAAGAAGAUGACAAGAGUACUUUUAAUGUGAACAUGACAGCAGCAAUUCGAGUUGGUGACUGGAAGCUUAUCACUGGUCAUCCAGGAGCUGACAAUGGAGCCUGGAUCCCUGUACCAAACUCAGGUAUAAAUGCAUUUAAACCUCUGUUGAUACCAGACCAAAAUGUUUGGUUGUUUAACAUCACUGGUGACCCUUAUGAAUACCGUGACCUCUCUCAGUUACGUCCUGAUAUUGUUUCCCAGUUGACUGAAAGACUGCACUACUAUUAUAACAAGUCUGUUCCUGCUUAUUACCCUGAUCCUGAUCCCAAGGCUAACCCAGCAUUGCACGAGGAUGUAUGGGGCCCAUGGCUGUAAAUAUCAUUUCAGCAACACAUACAAGCCUAUUAAUUUAGUCAUGAGUUAAAAUGUAUAAAAAAAAAGUCCAUUAAAAAAACACAUUUUUUUAAGACACAUUUAUAUCUUUUGUUGUUGUGCUGGAAAAAGGAGCAUUGGAAAUAAUUCAUCUGCUUUGUUGUUUUCAUUAAUUUUCUUGGUUUGUUUUCAUGGUUAUGUGGUUUUUUUUGUGUUUGUUUUUAUUUUCACGUAAUACAAGAUUAAUAUUAUUAUUAUUUCACUGAGCUAUUGGAACUGUCAUGUGUUUUGAGGUUUACUAUAUAUAUUAUUAAUAGCACAGUACUACAAAUAAAGUAUAUAUUUUUGUAUUUCAUUGAUCUACAUUUGAGUGUAUCUAAACCAGAAUAUCUGAAAAUAGUACGGUGUGCCCCUUUAUUGUGUAAAGCUAAAUCGAUACAACACAGCUACUAAAACUGUAAUAAUACCACCUGAUACCAUAUAAAUAAGCAAGUGGAGAUUUUUUAGAACAUAGAAUUUGUAGAAACACUACUUCAAAGAUAAUGGAAAAGCAACAUUAACAUUGUUUGGGUAGACUGUACUAUUAAUUUAAAGCCUGUGCAAUAUAUAAUAGAUUUUUAAAAUUAUUGAUUAUUAUCAUUCCUCAAAUUCAGCUUUUAAUGAACGUAUUAUAGUUUUUUUAAUUGGCAUAAGGUGCAACACAAAUAUUUUUAUGGUGAAGGCAACAUAAUGUAUAUAAAAUAUAUAAAUAGGUUUGGCUAUUCUGUUACUUACCUCAAAGAAAUAAGGUAUAUUUAGUAUUGUUUUAAUGAGUUGAUAACUUCCAAGGUGAAUGGUUACAUGAAGCAUAUUUUUUUUUUUUUUUUUUAAUGAAAAUAAAGUAUUUUUGCAGAAUAUAUAAAUUGUGGUAUCCAAAUGAAUUUUGGAAAGGCAGAAGCAUACUACUGAAGACAUACUGACC